AUGAAUCCCUCAGACACUGCUGAAGUGGCAGAGAUUGCGAAGUCUGCAGCCUUUGCUCAUGAUGCGCAUCCAGACGAGAAGAGGGAUCGAACCUCAUCUGAGCUGCGUCCCGCCACCUCACCUGAGAUCGAGGAGGUUCGUGAAACCGCUGAGAAAGGCGGGUUCAGUUCGUCGGCCGCAUAUGAAGACGAUGCAGCUCUACAGAAAGACUUCCCUUCUCCGGAUGAACUGAGGACUCUACGUCGCGUCUCCGGCAAAAUCCCCUGGACAGCCUAUACUGUAGCCUUUGUGGAAUUGUGCGAGCGCUUUUCCUACUAUGGAACCACAGCAGUUUUCGUCAACUUCAUCCAACGACCGCUUCCUGAAGGUUCAUCAGCCGGUGCGACUCAUGGUCUAGACAAUCUGGUACCCGGUGCUCUGGGCAUGGGUCAGCAAGCGUCCACUGGAUUGACCUUGUUCAAUUCUUUCUGGUCUUAUAUCAUGCCCCUCAUGGGCGCCUUCAUGGCCGACCAGUACUGGGGUCGCUUCCGCACCAUCAUGUUCUCGAUUGGAGUCGCUUUGCUGGGACAUACAAUCCUCGUCAUCUCAGCCAUCCCGCCGGUUAUCAAGAAUCCACACGGUGCAAUUGCUUGCUUCUCAAUCGGUCUGGUUAUCAUGGGAGUGGGAACAGGUGGUUUCAAGUCAAAUAUCUCGCCAUUGAUCGCGGAGCAAUAUCGGGAGAGCAGGCCGUACAUCAAAACCCUCCCCUCAGGAGAACGUGUCAUUGUCGACCAUGCUGCCACCGUCGCGCGCAUCUACCUGUAUUUCUACAUGAUGAUUAACAUCGGCUCCAUCCUAGGACAAGUUAGCAUGGUGUAUGCGGAGCGCUACGUUGGCUUCUGGCUCUCAUAUCUUCUGCCCACCAUCAUGUUCACUUUCUGCCCUACAGUGUUGUUUAUCUGCCGCAACAAGUACUAUCUGGUUAAGCCAACUGGGUCCGUGUACUUGCAGGCAUUCAGGCUGUGGAAGCUGGCUAUGGAAGGGCGCUGGUCGCUGAAUCCUGCGAAGAUGUUCAAGAAGAACCCUACCCCCUUUUGGGAUUCGGUCAAGCCCAGUGCUCUGGGUGCCAGUCGUCCCCAAUGGAUGACCUUCGAUGAUGAAUGGGUAGAUGAGGUAGCACGUGGUCUGAAAGCAUGCAAGGUCUUUCUGUGGUAUCCUUUGUAUUGGCUGGCCUACAAUCAAAUGUUAAACAACCUGACCUCUCAGGCGGCCACCAUGCGUCUAGGUGGAGUCCCCAACGACAUCAUCAACAACCUCAACCCCCUCUCUCUCAUCAUCUUCAUCCCCAUCAUGGACCAGCUAGUAUAUCCAUUCCUCCGAAGAGUCGGCAUUCAAUUCACCCCUCUCAAGCGCAUCACAGCUGGAUUCAUCGCCGCCGGUUUGUCCAUGAUCGCCGCCACCGUCACCCAAUACUACAUCUACCAGAAAGGUGAAUGCGGAAAACAAGCUAACUACUGCCUGGAUGAAUACAACUCGCACUCGCCCAUUUCCGUUUGGGUCCAAGCGCUAGUCUACAUCCUAGGCGGCAUUUCCGAGAUCUUCGCAUCCGUAACCUCACUCGAAUACGCCUUCACCAAAGCACCGCGCAACAUGCGCUCCCUCGUGCAAGCCGUGGCUUUGUUCAUGAACGCGUUCUCUUCCGCCAUCGGACAAGCACUUGUGGGGCUAUCGAAUGACCCGCUCCUGGUGUGGAACUACGCCGUCGUAGCAAUUCUGGCCUUUGUCGGCGCUGCAGGAUUCUGGUUGACGAACUAUAAGCUCGAUCGUCAAGAGGAUGAGUUGAACCAUCUGCCACAGAGUCACUAUGAAGGUCGCCCCGAGGGACAUGCUGAUGAAGAGCAGCGAUAG